UGUAACAUAAUAAUGUAUUUACUGUCUCUGACUUACUCAAAGUGAAUGAUUUGUUUGAAACGGUCUAAAAUAGUUGUAUGUUUAUGAACAUAAUAUUAUAAUAAAAAAAAAGAUUCAGUGCGUGGUUUUAUACCUGUCGUUUGACGUUGUUAGAGAUCAGAGCCUUGACGAACAAUCUCAUCGCAUUGCUGUGUAAUAAUUACUAGUGAGAAAUAAACAAAAACCCAGAGUUAAAAUGGACGAUCAUAGCAAUGGAACCAUUAUCAAACUAGAAGAUAAUAAGAUCGAGAUAGAGCAGUGUUCUAAAGCCUUAUUGAAAAUAACAGAACCAAAUCACAUGGAGAACUCAUACAAAAGUUCUACGACAAACCAAAACGAUUAUAAAAAUAUUAUUGAUGGAGAUGCAUAUAGACUUAAUGAAGCAGGAGGUAUUAAAAUUGAAGAAGGAGAAACGGACGAUUAUCAUUAUAAGUCUAUUUUUGAGGUAGAAGAAGAAAAUAAACAAGGGAAAGAGCAACAAAAUACAAUCGACGCGAAUGAAUACAACGUUGUUGAUUCGAAAAUCAAAGUUGAAGACAAAACAAACGGUUAUUACCAUAGCAUAGAGAACAAAAUUGAUAAAGACAAUGAAGAUAUGAAAAAGGAAUUAUCUGAAACCUUUAUAAGUGAAACAAAAUCGAGUAACAUUGAAAAAUUAUAUAAUAGUCGUGUGACAGCACGGAACGAUCUUCAAAAAAUAUUUGACGGGAAUAUAUACAAACUUAAUGAAGCAGGGGGAAUUAAAAUUGAAGUAGGAGAAACGGACGAUUAUUAUUAUAAGUCUAUUUUUGAAGUGGAAGAAGAAAAUGAACGAGGGAAAGAGCAACAAAAUACAAUCGACGCGAAUGGAUACAACGUUAGUGAUUCGAAAAUCAAAGUUGAAGACAAAACAGACGGUUAUUACCAUGGCAUAGAGAACAAAAUUUAUAAAUACGACGAUGAUAUAAAACAGGAAUUAACAGAAACCUCCAUAGAAGAAACAAAAUCAAUAAAUAUUGAAAAAACCUAUAAUAGUUAUGUGACAGCACAGAACGAUCUUCAAAAAACAUUUGACGGGAAUAUAUACAAUUACAGAAAAGUGAGCAAUACAACGAUAGUUCAAGUCGAAGCCGAUUUAUUAAACGGACAUUAUUUCGAGUCCGUGAUUGAGGUUGAAAAAAAUGGUCUCUUAGAUGUGCAACCUACUAAAAACGGUUUGGACAAAAUACAGCAAUUUGCGUGUGAUUUAUGUAAGAUGUAUUUUAACACUAAACGGAGAGUGACCCAGCACAUAAUUCGAUUACAUAGUGCACACGCAUCAACACAGAAAAACACUGCAACUCAAGUUAUCAAAAAUCGUCUUACAGUCAAUGACUCGAGUUAUGAAGAAAAUAAACAAACUAAUGGUUGUCAAGUCGAGUCUUGGAUUGAAAAAGGUGUCAAUAAUCAAAUAGCCCCAAAGAAUGACAAAAAAGAUAUAAAAGAUCGACGAAUAUUCCACUGCGAUUUUUGUCAAACGUCGUACCGUACUAAAAAGCAAAUAACAUUACAUAUAGUAAAAUCCCACAAAAGUUCAAAUAACAAAUAUUUUACCCGAAAAAAUAACAUUAUACAUAGCAAAAAAUAUACUAGAGCAUUCACCAAAAACAUCAUCCGACACUACAAAUGUAAUGUUUGUUUUAAAGAUUUUUCGAUUAAAUCACUACUUACCAAACACGAACGAGUACACACUGGUGAAAAGCCCUAUAAAUGCGCUGUUUGCUCAAAGUCGUUUUCUCAAAAAUGCCAUUUAAAACAACAUAAACGCGUGCACACUGGAGAAAAGCCCUAUAAAUGUACGUUUUGCUCAAAGUCGUAUUCUCAAAAAACUAAUCUAACAGCUCAUGAACGCGUGCACUCAGGAGAAAAACCAUACGAAUGUGCUCUUUGCUCAAAGGCGUUUUUUCAAAAAUUAAUCUAA